CUAGACUAAUUGGUGUGUGUGAGAAAUAUUUAUUAGACAUACACUAACAUUAAAACAUGUUAUCUCUCUUCACUCUCAUUAAAUUAAGACCUCUUUUUCAGAUUAUUGAAGCGCUGCACUAUCUGCAUUAUACGGCUCGCCAGAUCCACCGCAACGUCUGCCCGCAAGUAAUCAUUGUGUCCAAGCGAGGAACAUGGAAGCUAUUUGGACUUGAGUUCGUCGAGAACAUAAUCGGACCAGAUCCAACGGAAAUGAUGACUGUGCCGCCGUGGUCCAUCAAAGUGGCUAAAAUAUCGCAACCCAACCUGGACUUUUUAGCUCCGGAAGUACAAACGAACGGGCAAUGCAACAUCCUAUCGGACAUGUUCUCCCUUGGUCUGGUCAUCUGUGCCAUUUUCAACAAUGGCAAGCCCCUCAUACUGGCAAACAACAACCCCAUGCUUUAUAUGAAGCAAAUUGAAUACUUGGACCAGCAAGUCAACGCCAUGCUGCCUCGGGUGCCUGCCGCCCUACAAGAGGCUGUUCAAAGACUUCUCUCUCGAGACCCUCAUCCUCGCCCCACAACGCAGCUACUUCCGCUUAUCAAGUAUUUCAAAUGUCAGAGUGAGCCAGCCAUUCAUGCCAUGCAGUUUCUUGAUGUCAUCACUAUGAAAGAUCCAAACCAGAAGAGCAACUUCUACCGCACCAUUCUAAUCGACGCCUUGCCGUAUAUUCCGAAGAAACUUCGCUGGCAACACGUGUGGCCUGCCCUACAGCUAGAAGUGCGCACAGCGGAAGUCCUAGCAGCAGUCCUACAACCCAUCAUUUGGCUAACUAACGAAGCUACCCAGGACGAAUUCACGCAUUACGUUCUCCCCACUUUGAAGAAUUUGAUGAAUUCGCCUAAAAGCGUUCAAGCUUCAGUAACUAUUCUAGAAAAUCUUCAUGUAAUAUUGAGGAAGUGUCACAAGGAAGAUGUAAACAAUGAAAUCAUGCCACUGCUAUACAACGCUUUGGAUAAUAAUACGAAUCAAAUACAGACUGCUUCGCUGAUAGCUAUGCAAAAUGUAUCAGAUUAUAUUGACGAUAAGGCACUACAUACCACUGUUUUAGCCAAAGUGAAAGUUCUGCUCGAGAAAAACCAAAGUGACGUUAAAAUUAUCAGUCUAAUACUGGGGUUUUAUGAGAAAAUCUUACUGCGUCUCGAAAGAAACCACAUACUGGAGCAAGUCAUACCAACCCUCCUUAGCAUGAGACUCAGUGACCCAGACAUCAUCAAUCGUGUCGUCAAACUUUACAAAUCGAUGCUUCUGGAGAGGAAAUUUGGUUUGACCACUAACGUCAUGGCUACGAAGAUGAUACCAUCGUUGGCUCCACAAACUGUGAACCCUGCAUUAAAUGUUGACCAGUUCACUAACUUAAUGGAGAUUCUUUACGACAUGUUGGAUAAUAUCGACAAAAAUCAGCGGUACAAGUUGAAACUAGAUAGUUUGUCGCUGCCGAGUCCGGAUCGUCACCGGCCGUUGCGUCACCAAAUGAGUACGGAUAACAUGAACGUCCCGCCAUUCAACAUACCCAACCUUCGCGUCGAGCAACGCAAGACGUCGAGCGCCGAAGACAUGGCUCGCAAGAACUCCGUCACUGCAUCGACCGCUCCAACUGGAAGCGUCGGAGGGGGCUUUAAGAGCACAGGAAUCGGCCAGUGGUUCUUCGGUUCCAGCAACUCUACUAACAACGACAACAACUUCUUGCGUGUUGCAAGCGCCUUCCCCAACCGUCGGCUCUCAGAUAACACCUUGAUGACUCCCAAGAUCCGCAUCGCUCCUUCUUGCGCAUCGUCCCCAGGAGGGACCCCGGGAGGUAACUCCGGAUUACCGACGCGCCGCCACUCCAGUAUUGGUCCCCAAGAACGCCGAGGAUCAGCGGUUAAUCUAUCGCCGCCGACUGGGGGAUCUAUGCCGAACACGUCAUCGAGCGUGCCGUUCCUGCUGACGUCAUCGAUGCAGUCGAUCCGCUCGCGGCGCCCGUCCGCCUGCCUGAGCAACUCGCAGGGCUCGGGGCUGCUGCAGCAGCUGAGCAGCGGCAUGGUAAGGCACCUGCCUGUGGGCUCCCACUCUCAUAGCAAUGCGCCGCACCACGUGCCGCAUUGGAGCGCGCUCCAGGGCCUCCAGGGCGCCACCGCCGCCGGAUACAGCGCGCUCCAGCACACCGCGAUGGCCGUCCGGAAAUGCCCCUCGCUCAAUAUAACCCUCACGCGCUAAACGCCCACGCCACCU